ACUCACAGACUCGCCGCACACAACUGCCGCCACCACCGCUCUUUGUCACCAUGCACCAUGCCCUUCUACGCGUGCCAAUCCUUAUUUUCAACAUGUGGCUAGGCUACAAAGGGGGGAAAUCGCCGAAUCCGCCACCAAAAGUACAGGAGCAAGUGAAGUUUCAGGCGGAUGAGAGGACGAAAGACUUUUUCUCGAGGAUUGCGUGGUGGUACACUCCUUUUGGGAUGGUCUUACUGCAACUCGGGGUGAUCAUGGAUAUAUACGUGAUCGUGUCCACGAUAUAUCCUUCCCUCCAAAUACAAAGUAUCAACUCGCUGGGAUACUUCACGCCUUCCCCCGCCGCGUUUGAGCGCAUUAGGGCCUCACCUUCGUUUAUAUUCGGAUUCCUCAUGCUUGCCACGGGGACAAUCAUACGUGUAGCGUGCUAUCGCGCUCUAGGAAAGCAAUUCACCUACGAACUUUCGGUUCGACGGGAUGACAAGCUUAUCACGCACGGACCUUACAAGCUCGUUCGCCACCCAAGCUACACGGGUGUUUUGUUCUUCCUUGAUGGCGCUCUCAUCUGUCAAAUGAGUAGUGGUUCGUGGUGGGCGGAAAACGGCUUAUGGGACACAACAUUCGGGAAGGUGUAUGGAAUCACAUUGCUUAUCUUCGCCGCCUCUUGCGAAUGGUCCAUGAUCAGCCGCACGUGGAAAGAGGACCAGGUUAUGAAGGAGGUGCACAAGAGCCAGUGGGAGGCAUGGGCUAAGCAGACACCACAUAGAAUGGUACCGGGGAUCUUCUGAGCGAGGUCAAUGGAUAGAUCAGUGACGCAAUUAAGUUUAGUUGUAUCGUAUGUUCAACUGUAGUAUGUGGUGUUUGCUGGCUUCAGUAAGUCUACAAGCUUAGAAGGCUAGGUAACAAUACCUCGGACAACCGUUAGAUCCAAUUGGUUGUCUUUGCUCGACGGAGUACUGCCGGAAUAUUGGCGUCUAAUGAUGUGCAUGGCCUAAACGGGAAGUUUAUCAAGAUUCGGAAAUUCGAGAAUGUUUUUCUUCUGAACCGAAGCUCCAGCACUUAUACUACCAUCGACACUCGUGAGGAAAUGAACAAACAAGCUUUAUAAGUAUGCAUAAGUUGAACUAUAGUACA